UAUCACCACUUUUUUUUCUCUCUCCAUAAAGAACGCUUUCUCAAUUUACUUCAAUUUUGAUCCUCCGAGCACGUGCAUUUUUGCGUUCUUUACCGCUGAUUUUUUUUAAUUUUGAAAAAUUUUUCUGUUUUUACUUCAGAUCAGUAAAAAAAACAAUAUAUACUUCCAAAAUGAGACCUAUUUUGCUUAAGGGCCAUGAAAGAGCCUUAACCCAAGUUAAAUAUAAUCGUGAGGGUGAUUUAAUCUUAACUGUUUCCAAGGAUAGUGUGGCCUCGAUUUGGUAUUCUUUCAAUGGCGAACGUUUGGGUACUUUGAAUGGCCACAUUGGUACUAUUUGGUCAAUUGAUAUUCUAAACGAUUCCUCUCUAGCUUUAACAGGUUCUGCUGAUUUCACUGCAAAGCUAUGGAGUGUUCAAACUGGUAAAAACAUUUUCACCUACCAAUACGAAACUCCUGUCAGAAGAGUCGAAUUUAGCCCUCACCAAAAUAACAAAGCUCUUUUAGUAACUGAUGAAGUCAUGGGUAUUGAAGGAACUAUCACAAUCUUAACCAUUAAUACUGCUGAACCAGAAAAACAAAAUAAAGAACCUCUAUUAAUCAUUAAAAAAAAGAAAUCCUUUUCUAAAAUAACAGUCGCGGGCUGGUCUUAUUUAGAUAAAUACAUUAUUGCAGGUCAUAAUGAUGGUUCUAUUUCUAAAUUCGACGCCAAAACUGGUGAAUUUAUUUCUUCGGUUAAAGAACAUUCUGGUGUCAUAACAGAUUUACAAUUCUCAAAAGAUAGAACUUAUUUCAUAACUUCUUCAAAGGAUAAAUCUGCAAAAAUAUUCGAUGUCGACACCUUAAAAUUAUUAAAAGUAUACGUUGCCGAUGCCCCAAUGAACUCGGCUUUAAUUACUCCUGUAAAAGAUUUUGUCGUAUUAGGUGGUGGUCAAGAAGCAAGAGAUGUCACAACAACCUCCUCGGAACAAGGCAAAUUCGAAGCAAGAUUCUACCAUAAAAUUUUCCAAGACGAAAUUGGUAGAGUUAAAGGUCAUUUCGGCCCCCUCAAUUACGUAGCUGUUCAUCCUUUAGGCAUUGGUUAUUCUUCUGGAGGAGAAGAUGGUUAUGUUCGUGUUCAUGUCUUUGAUAAGCCAUAUUUUGAUUUUCAAUACGACGUAGAACGUACUGCUAAUUCAACUAUAGUUUAAAUCUUCAAACAAAAAAAAAAUCUAUCUCAU